AUGACCACGCCACAGGAGGCCAGCGACGACUCGGAGUUUGUGCAAUUCUGCAUACAAUGCGCCAGCCUAACACUACUAUAUUACGAUUAUCUCCUCACCUUUCCGCUUGAGCUGCAGUAUAUGUGGCGUAAAAGGGUGAUGCUAUCUACCAUUCUCUACUGGUUUUGUCGGUAUGCUCUUUUAGCCAAUCUAUUUUACCUUCUUGCCAUCUCCAACGCUGUAAACAAGAUGAUUCUGUGCAGUGUCUUGGUGGCCCGUACCUACGCAGUAUGCGACAGGAGUAGGGUUAUCCUACUCGUAAUGGGUAUCCUGUGGAUAUUAAUUGUUGCAUUCGACUUCUGGCAUACCACAGGCACGACGUGCGGAGAGCUGGUACCCCCAAAUAUUGUGAUCGCUAGCACAGCAUUGUCCGUUUUGGUUGCCGUCCUUGAGUGCGCUGGAGCCUUGUUUACCACAAUACGUUGCAUGCAAGCGAUGCAAUUAUACAAGAAGCACGAUCGCGCUUUUACGGAUGAUAACAUUCUUCAUUUUAUGCUGCGUGAGGGAUCAAUAUAUUUCUUUGGUGUCUUUGGAUUCUCCUUGGCUACAAUUCUUCUCAACUUUAUAGGGUUUAUGAAAAAGCUUCUGAAUGCGCUAAACCUACCUGUAUCCGGUAUAAUGGCUGCAAGGCUUUUGCUCUAUCUUCGUCAGUAUAACCACCAUCAACAGGAGUGGGCAAUGAAGCAUAGCCGUGGAAGCCCAAAUCACGUUAAUACGACCAUAGUUGUUCAUCAAGAAGCCGGCUCAAAUGCAUCACCAGAGUAUGACGGCAUAAUGCAAAGCAACGACAGAAUUCAAAGUAUCUUUGUACCCACUAAUUCCCACACAUACGCCGACGGCGAAUUCGGAGGCGACCCCGUGGCCAGUGUUCGUGUCGGGCACCCGGAGAUGUCCGUAGGACGUAAAGAUAUGCCAGAGGAAACGGUGUCCUCACGAAGGCUCCCUUGCCAAGAUGACGAUUCGCUGAUAAUCACUGAAGAGCGUCGACCGAGGCCGGAUGCAGAGGCACAACUGGAGGAUAUAAGCGACUCCACGUCAGGCAGCAGCAAAGGGUCAGACAUGUCAACUUCAGAAAAGUGCUUUGCUCAACAGAAGGUCAUUACGCUCAAGAUUCUCCAGGUUGUGCAUACAAUACUCAAGCCUCGAAAUGCAGUACAUGUGGCAAAAUGGAGUAAUACUCUCGACCAUUCUAUACUGGUUAUGCAGACUGAAGAAACUCUGACACCCACUAUACACUGCACAGCAGUGUAUCAAGUAGCAGGAUACUUAAGCAUUGCUGGACGUGCAGCUGUUCUAGUAUCCCUUGCAAUCCGUACAUAUGCAGUGUGGAACGGAAGCAGGAUAAUUGCAAUUAUGAUGGGAGUGAUGUGGACCAUUACUACAUCCCUGGACUUUUGGCACGUAACCGGGGAUAAUUGCGAUGGAACCGUUUCGUCAGAUAUAGCCGUCGCCAAUGCCGCUGUUUCCAUUGCUGUGGUCUCUUUUGAGGGCAUGGGGAUGACUCUUACCGUUAUUCGCUACUUACAAGCUCACUUUAUUCGCGGAAGAUACAUUAAACCUCUCAAGGGAGAGUCCCUUUUGGGGCUAUUAGUGAGAGAAGAUCCCGUAUAUUUGGCAAGACUUCUCAAUGCUGUAACAUUACCUUUAUCUGGAUUGUUGACAGCACGGCUUUUGUUGCAUCUACGGCGCGAAGCUAGACGGUUGGACUCGGGAAUGACUCGAGGGAACGUCGCAGAAGACAUUGAUACAAACGUAUCAAUUUCUGCUCCUGUUUUUGCAAGAUUUCGUAUUAGCGAAAGCAUAACUAGCACUUCGAGGUCGGAUGGUUGUGCAGGCCGGGGAGAAUUCGGAGGAGAUCCUGUGGCUCGCGUGCGGGUAGAAGUAGAGCAAGCUAGAUUGUUACCAACAAUACCAGAAACGAGGACGUAA